AGCGCACUCCCAUUCCGUCGACCCAGCAUGAAGCAUGGGGUCGCAUUCCGCAAGUUCUCGAGGACAUCCUCGCACAGGAUGCUCAUGUUGAGGAACCUCGUCACUUCGUUGUUUCAGCAUGAGCAGAUCAAGACGACCCUCCCGAAGGCGAGGGAUACCGCGAGGCUUGCGGAAAAGAUUAUCACCUUGGGCAAGAAGGGCGACCUGCACGCCUUCAAGCGCGCACAGCAGUUCCUCCUGCAGCCCCAGCUCGUCCCCAAGGUUUUCACCACCUUCGCGGAGCGCUAUGCGGAACGUCCGGGGGGCUACACGCGCAUUCACAAGUAUGGCCAGCGGCCGGGCGACAACGCGCCGCACGCAAUCCUCGAGCUCGUCGACAACCCGCGCGACAUCCGCUUCGAAAUGACCGCACGCGCGGUCGGCUGGGAGCUUCUCGGCAAGCGGCUGGACAACGAUGGGCCUCAAAAGCUCGCCAAAUCUGGUGUGACUGACGUGGAGGACGUGGUGAAGCACGAGCGCACGAGCGAGUCAAAUGGCUGGGACGGUGAACUCCGCCCGAAGACGAGGUGGAGCCUGAAGAAGGUGUUGAAGUUCAGGGGCGAGAGAGCUGUUUCAGAGCUGGCCAAGAAGGCGGAGGAUCACCUCGACACCUUGCUGGCUAAGCCAAGAAUUAACAAGAACGCUCUGGAGAAGGCAUCUGAGCAGACAGCCGAGACGCCGUAUGCAAGCUUGAAGUCUAUGCGACUGCGGGCCGGUCAGACAGUGCCGGGAGGCGUACGCAGUGCGCUCAAUUUGGCUCAAGGUGACCUCGCGAAGACCUGGAUGACAGGCAGUCGGCUACGGUAUUUGGAGCGAAGAAAACUGGGUAUAGACAAAACAGCUUUGUGGGAGAACCCUUGAUGCUCUGUCGUAUACACUGCUCAGCCCAUUGCACCUCUAUUGCAUAUCUAGUUGCGUCCUGAUUAUGGAGACGCCGUGUUUUGAACUGCA